UGAUUGCAGCUCCGUGCGCGCGUCCGCACGCUCCAUCGUCACAACACACACCGGAAAACAGCUGAUGUCAUUGAGAGAACGACACACUGUCACCGAUAACCGGGAAUAUACACACUUAUCGCGUAACCCUAUAGCAUCACACUCCCCUUGUCUAUCUCUGGCUGGUCUCUCUGCCCCCCUCUGACCUGGGGAUGAAUGCACCAAUGAGGAGCCAGCUCACAGGUAUGCCUGAUCGCAUGUUAUGUGCAGUGCUGGAGCAAUUUCAGCUUUACUUUUCCCUUUGAUCCACUCUCUGUAUAGUACAGCCAGCCCCAGCAUGCUGAAGAGGAAGCAGAGCUCGAGGGUUGAGGCCCAGCCCAUGACUGACUUUGGGCCCGACGAAACCCUCGCCGACAGUGCCGACAUCUUCUGGAUCAACAAACCAUGGGUGCACUCUCUGCUGCGAGCCUGUGCCAUCAUCAGCGUCAUCAGUGUGUGUAUGAACACACCCAAGACGUUCGAGCACUACCCCCCGCUGCAGUACGUGACCUUUACCCUGGACACGCUGCUCAUGUUCCUCUACACCGCUGAGAUGAUCGCCAAGAUGCACAUCAGAGGAAUCAUCAAGGGUGAUAACUCGUACGUCAAGGAUCGCUGGUGUAUGUUUGACGGCUUCAUGGUCUUCUUCCUCUGGGUGUCUCUUGUGCUUCAGGUGUUUGAGAUAGCGGAUGUUGUUGACCAGAUGUCUCCCUGGGGCAUGUUGAGAAUCCCCAGAGCCCUCAUCAUGAUCCGAGCCUUCAGGAUCUACUUCCGCUUCGAGCUGCCACGCUCACGCAUCACCAACAUCCUCAAGCGAUCAGGGGAACAGAUCUGGAGUGUGUCGAUAUUCUUGCUCUUCUUCCUCCUCCUGUAUGGAAUUCUGGGAGUUCAGAUGUUCGGAACGUUCAAUCAUCACUGUGUUACCAACGACACAACGAAUGGUACUGUGACAUGGAACAGCCUGGCCAUCCCCGACACCCACUGUUCGCCAGACGGGGAGGGAUACCUGUGUCCUUUGGGCUUUAAGUGUGUGGACUUGGAAGAACUGGGGCUCAGCAGACAGGAGCUGGGCUACAGCGGCUUCAACGAGCUCGGUACCAGUAUCUUCACCGUGUACGAGGCAGCCUCUCAGGAGGGCUGGGUGUUCCUUAUGUACAGAGCCAUCGACAGUUUCCCUCGCUGGCGCUCCUACUUCUACUUCAUCACGCUCAUCUUCUUCCUCGCCUGGCUUGUCAAGAAUGUUUUCAUUGCGGUCAUCAUUGAAACGUUUGCUGAGAUCAGAGUUCAGUUCCAGCAGAUGUGGGGGUCCCGGAGCAGCACCACCUCUACUGCUACCACACAGAUGUUCCACGAGGACUCGGCUGGAGGAUGGCAGCUUGUUGCUGUGGACGUCAACAAACCACAUGGCCGCGCACCAGCCUGCCUCCAGCAACUGAUGCGCUCCUCCAUCUUCCACAUGUUCAUUCUGACUAUGGUUGCCGUAGACGUAAUCGUUGCCGCUAGCAACUACUACAAGGGUGAGAACCACCAAAGGCACUAUGACGAGUUCUACCUGGCUGAGGUUGCCUUUACAGUGCUGUUUGACCUGGAGGCUAUGCUUAAGGUCUGGUGCCUGGGCUUCACGGGCUACAUCAUCUCCUCUCUGCACAAGUUUGAGUUGCUGCUGGUGGUGGGUACCACCCUGCACAUCUACCCUGACCUCUACCACUCCCAGUUCACCUACUUCCAGGUACUGCGAGUGGUGCGUCUGAUAAAGAUCUCCCCGGCACUAGAGGACUUUGUGUACAAGAUAUUUGGUCCCGGUAAGAAGCUGGGCAGCUUGGUGGUGUUCACAGCGAGCCUGCUCAUAGUCAUGUCAGCCAUCAGUCUACAGAUGUUCUGCUUCGUGGAGGAACUGGACCGAUUCACCACCUUUCCCAGAGCAUUCAUGUCUAUGUUCCAGAUCUUAACCCAGGAGGGUUGGGUGGAUGUGAUGGACCAAACUCUUGUGGCUGUUGGUCAAAUGUGGGCUCCUGUAGUGGCGAUCUACUUCAUCCUCUACCAUCUGUUUGCUACUCUGAUUCUGCUCAGUCUUUUCGUGGCUGUCAUCCUUGAUAAUCUAGAGUUGGAUGAAGACUUGAAGAAACUCAAACAACUGAAGCAAAGUGAGGCGAACGCAGAUACCAAAGAGAAGCUGCCCCUACGUCUAAGGAUCUUUGAGAAGUUUCCUAACCGGCCCCAGAUGGUCAAGAUCUCCAAGCUGCCUUCUGAUUUCACUGUGCCCAGAAUCAGGGAGAGUUUCAUGAAGCAGUUCAUUGAUCGGCAGCAGCAGGACACCAGCUGUCUGUUCCGCCGCCUUCCUUCCGCAUCCUCCUCUUCCUGUGACCAUUCCAAGCGAUCCGCCAUAGAAGACAACAAAUACAUCGACCAGAAGCUCCGCAGGUCAAUAUUCAGCAUCAGAGCUCGCAACCUCCUGGAGAAGGAAACUACUAUCAACAAAAUCCUCCGGGCUUGUACCAGACAGCGUAUGCUGAGUGGAUCCUUUGAGGGCCAACCACUGAAAGAGCGCUCCAUCCUCAGUGUCCAACACCAUAUACGCCAAGAACGCAGGUCUCUGAGACAUGGCUCCACUAGUCAGAGGAUCAGCAGAGGAAAGUCCCUGGAGACACUCACACAAGAUCGAGAGUCAGAGCAGAGAUCGCACUGGCACCAGCAUUCCAGUACAGUGCGUUAUCGUAACGCCCAGCGAGAAGAUAGUGAGAUCAAGAUGAUCCAGGAGAAGAAGGAGCAGGCCGAGAUGAAGCGCAAGGUCCAGGAAGAGGAACUGAGGGAGAACCAUCCUUACUUUGACAAACCUCUCUUCAUUGUGGGGAGAGAGCACCGCUUCAGAAACUUCUGUAGGACUGUCGUGCGGGCACGCUUCAAUGCAUCCAAAACAGAUCCGAUAACAGGAGCGGUGAACUCCAAAUACCACCAGCUUUAUGAUCUCCUGGGGCUGGUCACCUAUCUGGACUGGGUGAUGAUCGUAGUGACCAUCUGCUCCUGUAUCUCCAUGAUGUUUGAGUCUCCUUUCACCAGGGUCAUGCAUGUACCCACUCUACAGAUAGGAGAGUAUGUCUUUGUCAUCUUCAUGAGUAUCGAGCUGAACCUGAAGAUCAUGGCGGACGGCCUGUUCUUUACUCCUACAGCCGUCAUCAGAGACUUUGGAGGAGUCAUGGACAUCUUCAUCUACCUCUGUAGUCUGAUCUUCCUGUGUUGGCUGCCUCCUAACGUGCCUCCGGAGUCUGGGGCUCAGCUGCUGAUGAUGCUGAGGUGUCUUCGCCCCCUUCGCAUCUUUAAACUGGUGCCCCAGAUGAGGAAGGUGGUGCGGGAGGUCAUCAAGGGUUUCAAGGAGAUUUUCCUGGUCUCCAUCCUGCUCCUGACACUAAUGCUGGUGUUUGCAAGCUUCGGCGUCCAGCUCUUUGCUGGAAAACUAGCCAAGUGCAAUGACCCCCACGUAUUCCUUCGGGAGGACUGCCAUGGAAUCUUCCGGAUCAACGUGAGUGUGUCUAAAAACCUCAAUCUCAAACUAAGACCAGGAGAGAAGAAGCCUGGCUUCUGGGUGCCAAGAGUGUGGGCCAACCCUCGCAACUUUAAUUUUGACAAUGUGGGUAAUGCCAUGCUGGCUUUGUUUGAGGUCCUGUCACUCAAAGGCUGGGUGGAGGUCCGUGAUGUCAUCAUUCAUCGCGUCGGACCGAUACAUGGUAUCUACAUCCACGUGUUUGUCUUUCUAGGCUGUAUGAUUGGACUCACUCUGUUUGUCGGAGUGGUCAUCGCUAACUUCAAUGAGAACAAGGGUACUGCUCUGCUGACAGUGGACCAGAGGAGGUGGGAAGACCUGAAGAGUCGACUGAAGAUUGCCCAGCCUCUCCACCUCCCGCCACGCCCAGAGAAUGCAGGGUUCCGUGCCAAGAUGUAUGACAUCACUCAGCACCCCUUCUUCAAACGGGGUAUCGCUGUGCUGGUUUUGGCCCAGUCAGUGCUGCUGUCUGUCAAGUGGGAUGUAGAUGACCCAGUAACAAUGCCACUUGCUACCAUGUCAGUGGUCUUCACCAUUAUCUUUGUGUUAGAGGUGACGAUGAAGUUCAUAGCUAUGUCCCCGGCGGGGUACUGGCAGAGCAGACGGAACCGCUACGAUUUACUGGUGACAAUACUGGGAGUCAUCUGGAUAGUCUUGCACUUUGCUCUACUGAAUGCAUAUACUUACAUGAUGGGCACCUGUGUGAUCGUCUUCAGGUUCUUCACCAUCUGUGGAAAGCAUGUGACUCUGAAGAUGCUACUGCUGACAGUCGUGGUCAGUAUGUAUAAAAGCUUCUUCAUCAUCGUGGGAAUGUUCCUUCUCCUCCUCUGCUACGCCUUCGCUGGAGUCGUCCUAUUCGGAACCGUUAAAUACGGAGAGAACAUCAACAGGCAUGCUAACUUCUCCACGGCAGGGAAGGCCAUCACGGUUCUGUUCCGUAUUGUCACGGGGGAAGACUGGAAUAAGAUCAUGCAUGACUGCAUGGUGCAGCCUCCGUUCUGUACCCCCGAUAAGCAUCGCUACUGGGAGACGGACUGUGGGAACUACGCAGGGGCACUCAUCUACUUUUGCUCCUUCUAUGUCAUCAUUGCUUACAUCAUGCUUAACCUCCUCGUGGCCAUCAUUGUGGAGAACUUCUCUCUCUUCUACUCCACUGAGGAGGACCAGCUACUGAGCUAUAACGACCUCCGACACUUUCAGAUUAUCUGGAACAAUGUGGAUGACAAGAGAGAGGGAGUGAUCCCAACAUCGCGGGUGAAGUUCCUGCUGCGUCUGCUGAGGGGCAGGCUAGAGGUAGACCUGGAUAAGGACAAGCUGCUGUUCAAACACAUGUGCUAUGAGAUGGAGAGGCUGCACAACGGAGGGGACGUCACCUUCCACGACGUGCUCAGUAUGUUGUCAUACCGUUCAGUGGAUAUCAGGAAGUCUCUACAGCUGGAGGAGCUGCUGGCUAGAGAGCAGCUGGAGUACACCAUAGAAGAAGAGGUGGCCAAGCAGACCAUACGCAUGUGGCUCAAGAAGUGCCUCAAACGCAUCCGUGCUAAGCAGCAGCAGUCGUGCAGCAUCAUCCACAGCCUGAGAGAGAGCCAGCAGCAGGAGCUCAGUCGCUUCCUCAACCCCCCCAGCAUACAGACCACCCUGCCUAGUGAGGACAUCAACGCUAACCAGGACCAUUCAACACAACCAGAGUUGAGUGGUCUCCAACAGCUGCUGAGUCCUACUCUGUCAGACCGUGGGGGAUACAGACAGGACUCCUCAGAACGCCCUCAGAGGAAACUGGGCCAGUGGAGACUACCUGCAGGUCGUACCAGUGUCAAGUCCAUGGUGUGUAAGAUGAACCCUGUGAGUGACGAAGCCUCCUCUGGGUCAGAGGUCAAGAAAUGGUGGACGCGUCAGCUGACCGUUGAGAGUGACGAGAGCGGUGAUGACCUCAUAGAUAUUUAAAGGGAAAACUCAGAAAAUUCAACCACGCUCACAUAUCGAACGAGAACUAGGAUAGACAACUAUAGCUCUGAGCGCUCAGUGUCAACACAGUACUCUGGUGGUUGAAACAUUUCUUGAAACGUUCUUUCAAGGUUUUUUCAAGCAUAUCCCAUUCAUACUUGACUGAUUGGGGAAGUGACAGCGUGGACAUCCUCCUCGCAAGUCUCUCCAUCAGCAGCCAUCUUACAUCUGUGGGACGUUAUGAUCAGUUUUUUCUCAAAAUGGUGGCUUGUAGACACAGGAAAAUGUCUCUCGGUUUGCAGUUAAGGCCAUUUCAAGAACGUUGAUUGUUAGAAACAACGCUUUAGCUGUUUGGUUUAAAGACUCUAUAUGAAUGUACAAAGCCAAUCCCAUGACACCAUGAAUUCCUAUGUGAAGACUCAAUAGCCCAUUUGAAGCCCAAAAAGUCAGUUAAGGUGGCGUCUAUAGAAUACAUAACAUACGCAGUAUGAGCUACUCCAGGAAGUGAUAUUGCAGGAUAGCUCAGUGCUUCCCCAUCUCAUUGAGUAUCAAAGGUUAAAGUCCGACCGGGAUACUGCAGGCUGCAAUUCGCAACUAAAACGAGGCAACAAUAAACAAGUCGUCCCCCUUGGGCCAAUCCGUGUAAUUUUGUAAGUGAUGGAUCUGUGUGGCAAGACUCAUCAUUCACCCAAGUUUCAUCAAAAUCGGGCAAGUGGUAUCUGAGAUUUUGUGUGUGACUUAUGCACAUACACGUGAUUACUACAGUGCACCCUUUGGCCAAUCAGUGUAAUUUUGGAAAUGGCGGAUCUAUGUAGCAAGAUGCAUCAUUCACCCAAGUUUAGUCAAACUCGGGCCAGUGGUGUCUGAUAAAUCGUGUGGGUAAGCUAGACUCAUAUCCCUGAGCAUGGGUGCCAAAUUUAAUCACUUAGUCAAACAGAUCAAGAGAUAUAAACAUGUACCUGUUAUUGCGCCACCGUGUAGUCGAUAUGAUUGUUCUUGCAUAUGUUGAGUUUAAACAGUGUUUGCAACAUGUGUACCAAAUAUUGUUACAAUACGGAUUUUCUUAACUGAUUUAUAUGCAUUUAUGUGCCAGACCAUGCCCGUGUGAAUGUUUAUUGGUCAAUAGCGGCAAAGUUGUUUUAGCUACUAGUCUGGAAAGGAAUGCGUUGAGGGACCUUUUCCCAAUGAUGUUUCGUGCAGAUCGGUCAUUCGGUGCCAGAGGAGAGUAGCGUUUUAAGGUCAUGUUUCGUGCAGAACGGUCAUUCGAUGCCAGAGGAGUAGCGUUCUAAGGUCAAGUUUCGUGCAGAUCGGUCAUUCGGUGCCAGAGGAUUAGCGUUUUAAGGUCUAGUUUCGUGCUGAUCGGUCAUUCGGUGCCUGAGGAGUAGCGUUUUAAGGUCAAGUUUCGUACAGAUCGGUCAUUCGGUGCCUGAGGAGUAGCAUUUUAAGGUCAAGUUUCGUGCAGAUUGGUCAUUCGGUGCCAGAGGAGUAGCGUUUUCAGGUCAAGUUUCGUGCAGAUCGGUCAUUUGGUGCCAGAGGAGUAGCGUUUUAAGGUCUAGUUUCGUGCUGAUCGGUCAUUCGGUGCCUGAGGAGUAGCGUUUUAAGGUCAAGUUUCGUACAGAUCGGUCAUUCGGUGCCUGAGGAGUAGCGUUUUAAGGUCAAGUUUCGUGCAGAUUGGUCAUUCGGUGCCAGAGGAGUAGCGUUUUCAGGUCAAGUUUCGUGCAGUUCGGUCAUUCGGUGCCAGAGGAGUAGCGUUUUAAGGUCAAGUUUCUUGCAGAUCGGUCAUUUGGUGCCAGAGGAGUAGCGUUUUAAGGUCUAGUUUCGUGCAGAUCGGUCAUUCGGUGCCUGAGGAGUAGCGUUUUAAGGUCGAGGUUUCUUGCAGAUCGGUCAUUCGGUGCCUGAGGAGUAGCGUUUUAAGGUCAGGUUUCUUGCAGAUCGGUCAUUCGGUGCCUGAGGAGUAGCGUUUUAAGGUCAAGUUUCUUGCAGAUCGGUCAUUCGGUGCCUGAGGAGUAGCGUUUUAAGGUCAAGUUUCGUGCAAAUCGGUCAUCCGGUGCUUGAGGAGUAGCGUUUUAAUUUUUUUUCUCACAAAAUUCUAAAUUGAGGAAAAUCCAUCAUGGCAGACGUUAUGGCUCCCUGAGGCAAAUUUUUUCCUUGUGAGGAGAGCGACCUAUGUCCCGAAUUUCAUGACUUUAGGUCAAAUGGGGUUAGCGGUGUGACCAUUCAAAGAUUGCAUUUUCAAUUGCUUGUUGUAGCGCCACCAUCUGGCCAAUCAGUGUAAUUUUGUAAAUUACUGAUCUCUAUGGCAAGACGCAUCAUUCAAUAAGUUUUGUCCAAAUCUGGCCAGUGCUGUUUGAGAUAUUGCAUAACAGACGGAGACAGAUCCAGAGUCCCCCCUCCCCUUCCCGAUUUCAUCGUGGGGGUCAUUUGUCCUUAUAACUUCUUCUGUGUGCGAUUUUAAAACAAUUGGAUCAAGGACACACAUCUGGUGUAAUAGAAGCAAUUAUUGGUACCAUGAUUGUCUUCACAAAGAUUGCCCUUUUCCCAUUCACUGUAAGUGGAGAUCCUGUUUUCUGCAAACAAUGCCUGCAGUAUUGCGGUCGACCUUGAACUUUGUGGCUUCAAUGAGAGGGGGCAGUCGUUCUCCACUGGUUUGGUGGAACAUCAAACAAGGGUCAAUACCUCAAUGCAGAGUUUUGGAACCACUGAUUUUAGAGUACCAUUGACAUCUGUACUUUUCCAUGCUGAUUUUUUUCUAUGCAGGAAGUUUUUAUAGUGUCCAUUAAACAGAAUCUCUAUGUGGUACCCUGUCACGACAACGUUUGAUUAGCAUCACUGUCCUUUUAGUUGUGAAUGUCAGGGAGUGAUUAUCUGGAAAUACAAAAUGAGAGUCAUAUAAAUGAUCUAAGUCUACAAGCUACAGGACGUUGUGUCAUCUUGCUAUUAUAUCGUUUUAGGAGAUUAUUUUAUUACAAUAUAGCUAUACAAUACCGCACCAAAACAAUGGAUACACAUUAUUUGUAUGUUGUCGCUAUAACUUUAAUUUAUGAAAUAUGAUGAUUGAAAUGCUUGAACUUUAUAGCUAUAAUUCCAUGUGAUUCCCCUGUUGUCUUUGUUAAUUGUGCCUGUGUCUCUCCCAGUCUCCAGUGUUUCAUUGUACACUUACUGUCAGUUUGCUUAUAACCACUUAAUUCUAUUUGAAUCCAGGUUUCAUGUUCUGUAGUAGAACAACCCAAAGGAAUAUAGUUAUAAAUAAAGGGUGAAAGGACAUAUGUUGGUACAUGACUGUGAAUGUUCUUUCAGAUUAAAUUCAUUUAUGUGUGUGGAAUUGUGUGGGCAGAAAUAUCAGAUAUAUUUGAUCAACUAUGGCAUAUAAAUCCAUUUUGGUUUGUUUGUACAGUAUUGCGUAAUUUCAAAUAAAGGCCUUUUGGCACCAACCGUGAGCUCCAAAA